AUGUCACCCAUGGCUCUUUUGCUGUCCGUGCUUGCUUCGUGGACUUCCAGUGUAGCAGCCAAAGGGCCUGAUUCGUCAUGCUUGCUGCAGACGAUGGCGGGGCAGAACCGCCAGAACCUUUCCGACGGGCUUUCGCUGCCCGUGGGUUGGAGUGAGUUCUGCCAGGGUUGUUUCUGUAAGAGCAGGGUUCUCCCACGUGGCCCCGAUGUAGCUCUUGACCCGUGCAUCGCUCACUGCCAAGGUCGGGGUUAUUCAGUGGUUGCUUCUGGCAAGUUCCCGGGACGCACAAUGUGCUUUUGUUGCGAGGACACGGCCCUGUCACCGGAAAUGAUGCCCGGAGAUUACCACUGGUGGAACAUGUACCAGUUCAGGCAGACAAAGCAGAUCUCUGCCGAGGCCAUCGGGGACCCACACAUCAAGACGUUGGACGGCAGAAGCUACACUCUCCUGAGCCAAGGCACAUUUUUGUUAUGGCAUCUUGCCAUGGAGACAGAGUUGCCAUUCUCUGGGGGAGAAUCAGAAGUCAAAACCCCAGUGGAAUGGCAAAUUUACGCACAUUAUUCCGGGCAUCAGUCUUUUACCAAAGGCUUGUUGCUCGUGGACAUAUCUGGUGGAUCCCACAAAAUGCUGGAAAUUACCUCACAGAAAUGUGAGUGGAGAGCCCGGAAAGGACACCAGGAGUGGAUUGCAGUGAAGAGUUCCGACUCUGAACUCAUCUCCCUGGAUGCGGCCGGAAAUGAUGUAACGACUUUCAACUUGGUCACGACAAACGGUGCCAAGUUUCACAAUCAGGUGCACAUGAACAUGAAGACAAAAGUCGGCAAGACAGACAUCGCCGUGCUGAGGUUGAGCUGCAGACCGAAUCACAACCUCAACCUUCAUCUCACCAUGGAACGCAGGAGCGAUAUGAAACAGGUCGAGGGGGAGGUCAAGAUGGCUCGCAAGGCGUUGUCUACCUUGCAAACAUCAACAUCCACAGAUUCGGAGUUUAAGGCGGCAAAGAAGUGGCAGGACCUCGGAGGAAGUGACGAAGCAGCUGCCUACCUCCACCGCGUGGAUGAGUUGAUGUUGAUUCAAGCCGACAUGAGCAAGCUCCAGGAGUGCAACAGCCAAGAGGAGAAGGAGUUUGAAAAGACCUGCUCCAAACAUUUGAGGGCAAUGGGUUCCCAUGCAAUCGCGGAGGCCACCUUCACGGAUUUCUUGUCGGAUUGCAUCUAUGACAUGUGCAGAGGAGCUGGCGAGACAGCUGCAGAACUUGCUGCUGAGCUGCUUGCCUCGACUGCCAGCUGA